AUGCCAGCUUUACUAAAGAGGGGACUGAGUAGUGUACUCGCUACUCUUCGAUCACACGAAGACUUCAAUGGAGAAGUGCACCUGAUAUUGCAUCCACCUCCACAGAUAGAAAAACUGCUUUCGUCAUCGUCUUCUCUUGAUCUACCAGGUACUUUUGUCAAUGAUCCGUCAGCAAAACCAAGCUCAAAUGUACUACACGAGGCAGUUGCAAAAAGAUUCAAUCGAACCAGCAGCGGUAAAAUUUACGAAAAGGAUUUGAGAGACAUAUUUGCCACGCUAAUUAUCUCCUUGCAACUUUCAAACAACUCAUCUUCAACGACUUCAGCAUCAUCUUCAUCCAAGAGAAGAAAAAACUUGAAACGUUCGUCCUUGUAUCUGCUGCCCCUUUCGAAAAUAAGGCUCACCACUUUGAGCAAAAAACAUCCUUACUCAUUUAGGCUCCUGAGUGCAAUUGAACAAAUGGCACAUCUUCGUGUGGAGAUAGACUCGUCAAAUACAAUUACAUGCUUAUCAUAUAGCUUCCAAUCGGAAAUUGCAUGCACCCUAAUUCGUCAGUUCUACAAAGCCAAGCUUUUACACUCGCCAGCUGACAGAACGCGGGCAGAGCCCAAACAAGAAGUUCUCCUACAACCAACCCCAAAAGGUUUGGCAGUAGUCCAGUCAUUUUGCGAAAAAGUGGGCAUGAAAAAACUGAGCAUGCCGGAAGUUUUGUUGCAAAAAUCGUACAACACAAUGCAGUUGUUCCAUUUUGAUCGCGACCAAGUCACUGACAAGGUGAUCUACUCAAAAAGCUUGAUACAGCUACUUUUUGCAAAAUUAUUGGGCCCGUCCCCAAACGUGUGGUCGCCAAUGAAUAAGCCCGAUCCAAUAUCUUAUGUAGUUGAUAAAGAGGAGUUCAAUUUUGGCAAGGAUACCGAAGACUUCCCCUUUCAUUUGCAAACACAAGACGACUUUGAUGUUAGCAAUAAAUUGUCAUCUUCACCGCCAGUGGUGUCGAAACCAGCAAACCCAUUCAGCUUUGUGAAAUACCAAAAGAAGAAUUUGGAAGCAAGCCAAACUUUUAGUGACGAUGCUUCUUUGUCUAAUGCUCCAGAUGUAAGUCCCUUUCACCACAGAUACUUUCUGAACCCAGAAUCAGACGCACACAUUCAAUACUACGUUUCAUCUGUUGGAGUCAGAUUGAAGAAGGAGAAGCAGGCCGAUGGCGCAAAACCCAAGUCUCAACCCCAGGCCUUUUACUACCUUAUUAAUGGAAAAGCCAUCGUUCAAUGGCUCAUGGACUGCACUGAUCUUGUUAGGCCAAAGCAUGCAUUAGAAAUUGCUGGCUUGUUCCUUAGUCAAAAGCUAAUCAAGUCCUGCAAACCCUACGAAGGAAGUUUGAUCUUUCAAAAGGAACACUAUUAUUAUGUUGAUGAAAAGGGGCUAAGUUUCUGCAUGUGGAACAGGAGCGUGGUUGCAAUGUCGGCUCUCAAAUUGCUGAUCAAGAACAGCCCGUUCAGACCAGAAGUCACAUUGGAUGCAAUCAUGCAGGACCCAGGUUUGAGAUUUCAAUUCAAGUCCCAUUUGGAGAGUGAAUUCUGUUUGGAAAAUUUUGACGCCUAUUGCCAGUUGCAAACAUUCCAGGCGAAUGUAAAACUUUGGAAUGACUUUUUGGAUAGUAGUGAUCUUGAGCAAGAUGCUAUUUUGAAUAAACUGACAUUGCAGCACCAAAUAAGUCUUCGAGAUAUGUGUAUGUCGAUUGCUUACCAAAUCUACAACACAUACAUCAGCGAUGACUCUCCCUCAAUGUUGAAUAUUGAUUACAGCUUGAGGCUGCAAGUUGUCGAACUAUUGACAGGAGUUGCUAAUGGAGCAGAUUGCAAUGGCUCCGAUUUGAAAACAUACAUGCAAACUCCAACUGAAGAAUCUUCACUGGAAAGAAGGGAUACAUCUCAGAAACGUUUGAGCACUGCUGAUGAGAAUAAUGUGAAUCAGGUUUUGAAGGAGUUGGGCCAUUUAUUCAACGACAUCAGUGCCCAUUUAUACAAGAUGAUGCAAGUGGACUCUUUACCAAAGUUUCUCAGUAGCCUUGACAAAAUUUAA